AUGGCAGGCCACGGCUCGGUAUCUCAGGAUCGAGUGGAAGAUGACCUACCACCAGGCACUUUCCUCUUCAAUGAGGAUGAGACUCAAGGUCAACAAGUGAUCCUCCUCAGCCCGGUCCCUUCAAGCGAUCCCAAUGAGCCUCUGAAUUGGAGUACCGCGCGCAAAGCUGUGAACGUCACUCUAAUACUGGCAGUUACCUGUCUCAUUUUCACUGCGCUUUCGAUUCAGCUCAUCUUCUGGCAACUGAUGGUGGUUGACUUGAAUGUCACAUAUACCCAACUGAAUCGAUCCUCGUCGGUCAACUCAGUUGGCCUGUCUAUGGGCUGCAUCAUGUUCAUCCCCCUGGCAAAGAAAUAUGGGCGUCGGCCCAUUUACCUGAUCUCCACCGCACUGAUGCUUGUAACUGCCUUCUGGACGGCAGAGAUGAAGAGUCUCUCUGAGCUCUAUGCCACAAACCUCAUCCAGGGCUUGGCUGGGGCGACUAAUGAGGCUAUUGCCCAAAUCACUAUUGCGGACAUCUUCUUUGUGCAUCACCGCGGUACAAUAAAUGCAUUGUAUAUGACGAUGGUGAUGAUUGGUAGCUUCUUAACUCCCAUGGCUGCCGGUGUGCAGGCGACCCACCAAGGCUGGAGGAUGUCAUACCGUACGCUUGGCAUCUGUAAUACCAUCAUCUUUGUACUGUUCAUGUUCUUCUACGAAGAGACAAAGUAUACAGUGGUGAUAGAUGGAGUUCACGACUCGCAGGAAUCUAUCGAUGAACCUCGGGUGGUGCCAACUUCUAGCACCAAGGGAGAUAGCAAGUCGACCAUUGCGGAAUACAUCAUUCCUCAAACUGAAGCUCCCAGUGCUGAGCGUGUUGAGAUCGACUUGAGUGUCCCAAUGAAGACCUGGCGGCAAAGACUAGCUCUUGCGACCUACACACCGGAACCUAUUUGGCCUUAUUACUAUCGGCCUUUUGAGAUCCUUUUUACGUUCCCUGCUGUGCUUUGCUGUGGCCUGCAGUAUGCGUGUGGCGUCAUGUGGCUCACGAUCGUGUCAACCGUUCUUUCUCUUGUCCUCCCGCUCCCACCCUACCUCUUUAACCCGGAACAAGUCGGCUUCAUGAGCAUUGGACCAUUCAUUGGGAACUUAAUUGGGUCGUUCUACGGAGGGUAUCUCGGAGACCGAUCGCUUCGAUAUUUUGCUCGACGUAAUAGAGGCUAUUUUGAGCCGGAGAUGCGGCUCUAUAUCCUCCACCUGCCAGCAAUCGCACUGUGUGGUGGGCUGAUAAUGUUCGGCGUGACCCUGGACCGAGGUAUGCAUUGGAUCUACCCCAGCAUCGGUGGGGCAUUGUUCGGCUUUGGCCUAGGCAGUAUUAGCGACGCAUGCUUGACACUAGUCAUUGACAGCCAUGUGUUGCUCACGGGAGAUGCCUUCACUGGCGUGGCCUUCAUGCGCAACGUCUUCAGCAUUGGGAUUCCAUUCGCGAUCAGUCCGUGGAUGGAGACCUAUGGACUAACCAAGAUGUUCAUCACCGUUGGAUUUAUUAGUCUCGGGGUAAAUCUGAUGCUAGUGGUGAUGGUAAUCUACGGGAAGCGGUUCCGACGGGCCAAGGCCCAUCGGUAUCGGGAACUGGCCGUCCAGCAGGGCCGGGGAACUUGA